CCACUGUUAUAUAAACAAUCAAACACUGCUCCAUCUUCUUCAUUCCAUCUUCUGCAUUUUCUGCAUCUUCUUCAACUUCUGCAUUUGAGUUCUUGAUUCCAUGGCAAAUAACAAAUGGUUAAACAUAGUAGUUGAUGGAAACUCAGCCUUGGCUCCUUACUGGCCCAACAUUUUCUCAGACUGUCUUCAAAAGAUAGUCAGGACCUUCUUUGAAGACUCGAGAAACGAGGGAGCUAAUGCACAGGUAGGUCUGGUAAUGUAUAAUGCCAAUAACAAUCCAGGGUUGGACAUUCAAUAUAUCCCUUGGACAAAAGAGGUGGAUAAUUUUUUAGGUGUGUUAUCAUCAUUGCUUUUCAAUGGAAACAAUGAAAACCAACACACCAUGGUGAAAGGUCUUGCAGAAGCUCUACUGAUGUUUCCAAGGCCUUCUAAUUUCAUGACAACAGAAGAAUACUACAAUGAGACAAGACAUUGUAUUGUUGUAGCAGCAAGAGAUCCCAUUCCUCAGAAAAUGCUGGUCUCUGUGCCAGAGCUUAAUCAUGGAAAAACUGUUGGCACACAAAUAUAUACCGUAAAUGCUGAUUUCUACGAUGUUGCAGAAUUGUUUGGCCCAUUCGCAGCAUCUCUUUCAAUCAUAUCCCCAGUUCAACAUCCAUGUUUUGAAGUGAUAUUCAAUAUGGGGAACAAUGGUUCUCCACUGGAAACCGCUCCUAUUUCUAAUUUUAGAAUCGGUGAGUUUAAUGUUAUAUUGUCCAGGAAUUUUAAGGAGGCACAUGUUGCCCUUCGUGGGAAAGAAACAAUGGAUCCACCCACAAAUGAUGUUAUGGUUCCUAUACAUUAUGCUAGCGACAAUCAAGAAGACCUAUUCACAAUAGCUAAGAUGAUGAUGAGUGGAGGGAGAAAUACUACAAACCCAGUGUCCGCUGUCUCAAAUGUCUCAACCAGUGCAACUCCAGCAAUGGCUGUUUCCAAUGCAGCAACCUCCAUUACUGGAGAAGGGUGUUCAGAAGGAUUAGUUGAAGGAGUUUCAGGUAUGGCUGAUCCAAUGGGUUUUCCACCAACGCACAACUCCACACCCUCUGGUUCCAGUGAAAACUCAUUCAAUAUUCUAACCUACUUAUCACCACAAACGCUUCCUAAUCUUGCUAAUAUUACUACCACUGGUAGUAGCAGCAAUGGUUUGUCACGUAUUCCAUACUUAGCAGCUGGGUUUGAUCGAUACGGUAGACCUACUUAUGAACCAAAUGGGGUUCCUCCACCACCCGUAACACCCCAGUUUAAUCCCUUUGAUUUUUGGCCUCCACAACCAUCUUCAAUCUCUCUGAAUCUCGUGCAAGCAUGGCAGGGAACUUUGAUUGCAAAAACACACAGGAGUCGCAAAAACCUUCAGAGAGGAAAGGCUCACAGAAGAGUAACAUCACCCUCCACGCUUACGAAUGAGUGGUCCAGUAGGCUAGAAGUAGCCUUCUAUUUACCACAGAGAGCUGUGAACUAUACGAUAACGAUUUUUCGUGGACCCAUUGAUUAUGUUUUCUUCUACAUGUUGCAUUUCAACAAUCUGGACUUGUAUGAACAUUUGAUGAAGAAAAGCCUGUGUGCGAAAGUUAAUCUCCCAUCUCAGACUUUGAUCAUAUCUCCAACGAAAAACAGACACUUCUACGUAGGAACAGUGUUCCCUGCGGAUACUACGUUUGUUCAAAUGAACUAAGUAUGCAAAAAGGAAGAGAAGUUUGAAACUGAAGUUUAAAGGUGUGUUAGGGAUUUAAAAGAGCAUUGAAAGGAGAGAUUGUGUGCACCCCUUGUGCAUCAAUAAUGAUAGCAAUACUUCAAUGUAUUCUACUCUUUAAAUAUAGAAACUAUUUAAUUA